AUGCAUUCCUCCACUAUCGCUGUCAUCUUGGCCUUCACUGCCGGCAUGGCUGUCAACGGCGCGCCGCUCAACCCCUCUGUUGGCAUCAACCCCUCCUCCAGGCUUCUAACCAUUGAUGAUCUUCAAUACAAGCCUGAGCAGGGUGAUGCCAUUCACCAAUUGGUUGACAAGCGUGAUCCUCAGCGCAGCCGUGGCCACAAGAUUGGCAACGUCAUCGAGGGAAUCAGUGGAGCUAUUGGCGGUGCUGCCGACUUGCUUACUAUCGGCGGCGCGGUCCAGGGCCAGCCCCAGAAGCGUGAUCCUCAGCGCAGCAAGGGCCGCAUCAUUGGCAACAUUGGUGAAGGAAUUGCUGGCGGUGUCGGUGCUGUCGCAGAUUUCCUCACUAUCGGCGGCGCUGUCCAGGGUCAAAACCAGAAGCGGGAUCCUCAACGCAGCCGUGGCCGUCUCAUUGGCAACAUCGGCGAGGGAAUUGGUGAAGUCAUUGGUGGUGCAGCAGAUCUGAUCACAAUUGGCGGUGCUGUCCAGGGCCAGCCUCAGAACCAGAAGCGCGAUCCUCAGCGCAGCAAAGGCCGUAUCAUUGGCAACAUCGGCGAGGGAAUUGGUGGAGCCAUUGGCGCUGCCGCAGAUUUCCUCACUAUCGGCGGAGCUGGCCAGCAGCCACCUCAGAAGCGCGAGCCCCAGCGCAGCAAGGGUCGCAUCAUCGGCAACGUUCUUGAGGGUGUUGGCGGUGUCAUCGGCGGUGCUAUCGAUCUGGGUACCAUCGGCGGAGCCAUUCAAGGCCAGAACCAGAAGCGCGACCCUCAGCGCAGCCGCGGCCACAACAUUGGCAAGGUCAUCGGCGGAUUUGGUGAUGGUCUCGGUGCCUUCGCUGAUAUCAUUCAGAUCGGUGGAUCUGUCCAGGGCCAGGAGCAACCACAAGCCUAG